CAUAUAUAAACAAUCAAAUACAACCAGUCUGCUGGCAUUUGUUGUGAAGAACAGGUAAAACUCUCCCUUCUCUCUUAUAUUUGCUGUAUUUUUUUAUGUUUCACUCUAUGACAUUAGGUGUGCUUGUUUUGUAUGGGGUUAUUGGGGGAAAGACUCUAGCCAUAAAUAUUCACUUUAGCAAAUAAUUGGAAAAAUUAUGUUCACUAAAUAGUAUAUUAGGUAGUGGUCUUUUAGACACAAUUCACGCUUACUGUUUCAUUCUGCUGCCCCUCACUCACUUGUGGGCACUUGUGAUGCACUCAGACAUGUUACCUCUUCUUCUACAUCACAAUUAUUGGUGUGUGUGUGUAUGGGGGGCUGCUUAUGGUCUUUGUGCAUUGUGUUUAUGGCAUAACUGUGUUUUAUGACUGUGUGUUGUGAUGACUGUCUUCAGGGGUUGAAAGUGAUAGGGUGAGUAAAGGGGUAACUGUGACAGGGUGAGGGGGGGGGAAUAAUAUGGCAUGAUUAUGGGGUACAGAACAAGGAAGGGUACGUGUAACAAGUUUGUGGGUUGAGUGUGACAAGAUUGGGGUUAAAUGUGACAAGAUUAUGGGGUUAAUGUAACAGGGUGAGUGUGAUAGAGUUGAGGAUGAGUGUGGCAUCAUUGAAAGUGGGAGAUUGGGUAAAGGGGAGGUGAGGGUGACAGAAUUAGGGGUGUUAAUGUGAUAGGGUGAGUGUGGCAUGGUUGGUGGAUGAGUGUCACAGAGUUGGGGAUGAAUGUAACAUGGUUGGAAGAGUGAGUGUGAAAGGGCGAAGGGAGGCAAGUGUAACAAGAUUAAAGGGACACUGUAGGCACCCAGACCACUUCAGCUAAUUGAAGUAGUCUGGGUGCUGUGUCCCUUUUCCACCUAGUGCUGCAAUGUUAAACAUUACAGUUCCAGAGAACUGCAAUGUUUACAUUGCAGCUCUAAGUCUGCCCUCUGUGGCUGUCUACUAGACAGGCACUAGAGGGCUUCCAGAAUCCAAACUGAAUUUUGGUCCAUUAUCUGAUGCUGGACAUCCUCACAGACCUCCAGCAUCAUAUUUUUCUAUUGCCGUGCAUACCCAUUAGGUCUCCCCUGCCGGCUGACAUCGGUGGGGGAGGAGAGUGGGCGGAGCCUGACCCAGCCACGAUUGACAUCGGUGCUGGAUUCAGGUAAAUCACUGCACGCCUUCAGCCCCAUGGGAGGGGGACCCCGAGUGAGGGGGGCACCCCAGGAGCCUAUAGUGCCAGGACUAUAGGAUCCCUAAGUGGGGUGUAAUAAUAUUUUAUCUAUUGUUAAACAAAUAAAAAUAAGACUACUUACUUUUAGAAUGUUUGCAGUAGAAGAACUAAAUGACAUCUAAUCUGGAGAUGCUUGUAAAAUGAAAAUUAAGAAACCAAGUAGGUAACCCAGUUAUAAGAAGAAAUUAGUCAGAACAAGAAGAUUCCUUAAUCCAAAUGAGACAGCUGAUUUCAAAUCCAGGGCUGAUUUCAAAUUCAGGUAUCUGUCCAAGGAAAAAAGAAAAAAACGUAAUCCAGGAAAGAUAGACCAAGGUCGAGAUCCUUUAAGGGAACCAGAAAUAAUUAAAGUAGGUAAAGAUAAUUCAGUAUUACAGUCAGAGUUGUAACCAUGUAUCAGUUCAAUGACAUAAAAGGUAAAGGCAUAAAAGAGUAAUCCAUACAACAGUCCAGGUUGGCAAUGUGAAAUACAUCUGGAUUAGCAAGGGUGUUGAAAAUGAGUUGUCUAGAGUAGUCCAAGGUCAGCAACAAGAAUUCUGAUAUGGUAGGAGUAGAUUCCUCAAGUUUGUCCUGAAGACGAAGCGGUGGGGCCUAAUUAGGAGGUACCUGUACAAGGGAGAAUAUUAUAAUGGGAACUGACAUAUUGAGGAACACAUCAAUAAUGCGCCAAGGCACUGAUGACAUAUUUUUAAAUAACGCACCCAGUUACGCUGAUCAGUGUCUUCUUAAAGACGCAGUAUCAAUAUAAUACAAUCUAAAAAAUAAAUAAGAGAGAAAAUAACUGUACAAGUGUCUGAUAGGGGGUCAAUGUGAUAGGGUGAUUGAGGCAGAGUGAGGGAAGAUUAGUGUGACACAGUUUGGGGGUUGACAGGAUUAGAGGCGUGUGAUGGUAGUAAUCUGUAUUACCGUCUAGUAUUCCCUUUUUCCCAAUAGCAAAAUAACCACAAUAAUCCACAGGGUAAAAUAACGCUGGUAUCGCCAAAUAAUCCACACGUGAGCCAAAGCUUAAUGCUGGAACAACACUGGUUCGACCGGCUCGCCAUGUGGCUGUAUCCGAGUUAGAGUUCCAUGAAAUUGGUAGCAAGAGCCGGUCUCCGUUUGUGCAGAAUUACACAAAAACCACCACAGUUAUACGGUAUCUGGUUACAUGUGAAUGCUCCCCUCAUUCGGUUGAUUGAAACUCCCGAACACCAGUCUGAUACUGUGAGUAGAAAUAGGUCAGACGGGACUUCUAUGGAGACCGGGUGUUCGUGUGAUUGCCAUGCCAAAAAUGGUUCCAGGCAAUCCACGUGUAAGUCCCGCUGGCCGCGUUUGGGAGAUUUAAGAUGGCCGCCAUCCUUUGUUCUCGCCACGUGUUCGUAUGCCGAAUGGCAGCCACCUAUAAGCACUCAAUUACUUUGCAGUUUUCGUGGUUACUUGGUGUUCUAAGUUCUGAUUGCUUCCCAGGGUGGUCUCCGUUCGGUAGAACAAAUAAAUGUCCCGAACACAGAAAUAAAACGAAUACUUUAAAGUCACUUAACUAGCAGGGAGAGGAAAUAACCAAAUGGGUACAGGUAAAUACAGGGAAAUCCUUUACAAGGCGUUAAUGUAAUAAUGUGUUUGGCAUGAUUGGUGGGGUGAGUGUGACAGGAUUUGGGAAUGAGUGUGGCAUGGUUGGAGGGGACAAGUGUGACAGGAUUAAAAGGGUUUAAUGUGAGUUUGGCAGGGUGAAGGGAGUAAAUGUGUGUGUGGGGUUGACAGUGUGUGGGGGAGCCUUUUUUUUUUAGUUCUCCGCCGGGUGCAGGACUGCAGACCAUGAGGAAGUUGUCUCAAAGCACUGAUUCAAAGCUUUGGGGAAGAAUGAAAGGGGAUGUAGGCAGGGCCGGCCUUAGGGGUGAGGGAGCUGUGCGGCCGCACAGGGCACCUUGGAGCAGGGGGUGCCCUGUGGCCGACACAGCUCACACAUUGCCGGCUGCCCGGGUGGAGGAUUUCAUUAUUCUCCACCCGGGAUUAAAACAAACAAAAAAAAGCAUUGUGGCGGGGGCAGGGCUAAAUGAUGGCAGGGGCGGGGCUAGAAGUGCCGGACCGGGCAAUUGCUGCAUGGGAAGCAGGAAGGAGUCCCUGAUUCUCCAACAAGCAGAAUCCAGGAACUGCACUGCUUCCACCUACAUAAUGAACAGAGGUAACAGUGUGUGCAUGUCUGAAUGUGUGUGUGUGACUGUCUGCCUGUGUGUGUGUGUGUGUGUGUCUGCCUCUGUGUGUGUGACUGCCUGUGUGUGGCUGUCUGCCUGUGUACGUCUGUGUGGCUGUCUGCCUCUGUGCAUCUGUGUGUGGCUGUCUGCCUGUGUAUGAACAGGCACUAGAGGGCGGGAUUCAGGUAAAUCAGGUACACACACAGGCAGACAGCCACACACAGACACACAGGCAGACAGCCACACAGAUGUACACAGGCAAAUCAGGUGUGUGUGCGUGGCUCUCUGCCUGUGUGUGUGUGUGUGUGUGUGUGUGUGGCUGUCGCUUGUGUGUAUGUGUGUGGCAGUCUGCCUGUGUGUGUGUAUGACAGUCUGCCUGUGUGUGUGGCAGUCCGCCUGUGUGUGUGUGUGACUGUCUGCCUGUGUGUGUGUGGCUGUCUGCAUGUAGCGGUGUGUGUUACACUGGCUAGUUGUAUGUGUGUGACUGUCCAUUUGUACCUGUGUGUGUUUGUAAUUGUCUGCCUGUAACUGUGUGUGUGUGACUGCCUGCCUGUAACGCUGUAUGUGUAUGUGUGUGUAAUGAAUAUUUAUCUUUAAAUCAAUAUUUAUUUAAUAAAUCCCCUAUACAAUCACUACACUUCUAUACACACACUAUACAUGGAUGACGGGGGGGUGGGGGUGUGGGUGGCUGCGAAGAUGUUCGGCACAGGGCGCCUAUAGGCCUAAGGCCGGCCUUGGAUGCAGGGAAGCAGCACCUUUAGAGUAUCCUCAAAUCCGUGUAGUGUUGAGGAUGUAUGAAAGAAAAGAGAAUAAAAGCAAUAUAUAAUAUUAUAUAGUAUCUUUGGUAACUGAUAAAUUCAAUAAAUGGAGUAACACCUACAAUUUACUGAAGCUCAUGAUCAUCUCCAGAUGUAUGCACUUUGCAGUACAAUCCCUGUCUCUGGAUAUGAUGAUAGUCCCGUUCCCUUACAGGAAGAUGCUCCAGGCCAAUCAGUCACUCUUGAUGCCAAGCAUUCAGGUGUCUUCUCCUUCAAUGUGCAGCAUUAUGGCAAUAGGAAUUCACCAGUAUAUAGGAUGAAAGUAAAACAAUAUAGAACUCUUCGUAUGACUGAGAUAAAUGUAAUAAUAUGACUCACAUAAGGAGAGUAAAAGUAGGUUUUGCUCAAUGCCACAAAGCACAAGUUGUAUCUUCCUCACCAAGGAAUUAAAAGUGUGAAUCCUCAUGUAAAAUAUUCAAGGAUAAAAUCAGGAAGGUCCAAGUGUAGGAAAAAGCUAGUUUAAAAAAAAGAAGAAACACCACUUAGCCACAGACAUAAGAAAGACUUACUCCGUUGCUAAGGGUAGGUUACAGCGGUAAUGAGGGCAUAACCCUGGAAUUACAAGUAGGCAAAAAAGAGAACUAAUGAGGUCAGAGAUCUCCCUAAAAAGAGGAGGAAUCUGUGCCAUACUGGAAUUUCCUCGCAAUACAAAUAAUUUUAGGUAAUAAUCUUUAUUAUGAAAAAUAACCGACACACAAAUAACAGAAAUUCUGCAACCAAAAAAGUGAAGGUGAUGAAAAAAAAUAUAUAAACAAUAACAAUUAAAAAGGAAUGGAGACUUAAAUGGCUAAAUGUAGAGUUUGAUUGAAAUUUCAAUUAUGUUUCAAAGUAAGCCACUAGAAAUGUAGUUCAUAACUGUUAUAUCUAUAUCUCAGAAAAGUAUACAAUGUAACAGGACAUCAAAGUAUCCCAUUCGAGUAGGAAAGAUAUAGUUAGAGGAAAGAGGACACCAUUCGAUUAUACUUAUGCACUUGUAAGGUGGCCGCAAAUAUACAAAGAUCUAAUAAAUUAAAUUGUGGUUAAUAUUAGAUCAUCCUAUAAGUAGCCGCCACCACUAUUCUGGCAUCAAAUAAUUAGUUACCCCUUAUCCACAUUAGGUACUUAGAUUGAAAAAGGUCUACAGUAGUGAUAUACAUCUAAACAGUCAAUUAGAAUAUUAUACCUUUAUCAACAACACAAACAACCCAUCAAUGUUGGACACAGAUGGAGAGCGAGAUCGGCAGAUUCAAAUUAAAGAUGGUUACACUGUUCAGCCCUUUUAACCAGCCAGUAGCAGUUAUGCCAAAACACAACACCAGUACCAGGGGAACUUAGACAUCUGAAGAGGGGGAAGGAAGAUGGGUGUAUAAGGAGAUGGUAAUUAUUCAGUUAUAUCCACACAUAUGUAGGGAUAAAGUCACUCCCCUACCCAAGCCUGUCAACCCACAAAACGGCUGCUUCGAGGCAGCCAUCCCACCUUUAUUUAAAUACCAAAUUCUAGCCGAACUCUGCCCCAGGAAAAGUAUGAUAAUGUCCCUAACCACUAGAAACUAAGUACUGUAUAUACUCGAGUAUAAGUCGAGUUUUUCAGCACAUUUUUUGUGCUAAAAACCCCCCACUCGACUUAUACUCGAGUCAGUGUUUCUAUUAUGGCAACUUACAUUGCCAUAAUACAGGCAAGGACCGCCGGGCUCAUUACAAGCCCGGCGGUCCUUUUGGGGGCUGGCAGAGAGCUGUAACUUAACUUUCCUUCAUCUCCUGUCAGCUCCCUUCUCCUGCGUUCCGGUCAGCUCCCUUCUCCUCCACUGUAAGUCUCGCGAGAGCCGUGGGGUCAGAGCGUUGCCAUGGGUUACCGUGGCAAUGCUCCGCACGCCAUUCACACCGCGAGACUUAUAGUGGAGCUGACUGGAAUGCAGGAGAAGGGAGCUGACAGGAGCUGCAGGAAAGGUAAGUUAUAAUGCAGAGUGUGUGUUUGUAUGAGUGUGUGUGGAUAUAAUGCAGUGUGUGUGUUUGUAUGAGUGUGUGUGUAUAUAAUUAUAAAAAUCACAGAAUUUCAUAGCCCCAAGUUUUACCCUCGACUUAACCACAAGGCAUUGCAUAUUUCACAAUUGUUGGUCACAAAACUGCACUCGACUUAUACAUGAGAUCGACUUAUACACGAGUAUAUACGGUACUAACUUUCUCCAUCCUAAGACAUACAAAGUAAAAUCAAAUCACAUAAAGGUGCAUCGGCACUGGGGCUCGAUGUGCAUUUCGACGUGACUAACUGCCUUUAUCAAGAGCUGAAUUGCAUCUGUGUUAUGCCCGAUUUUUAAUAGGAGUUCUGUUCCUCCCCCUCUAUAUGAUCCGUCAAUCGAAACUGUGUAGCAUCAUCUAAGGGGCAGAGCAACUGCUGGGAGGAAUAAUCCUCCCCUUACGGCUCUCCGACCAAAUACUGUGCUCAUUUCAAACAGGGGGUGUGGUUUGCCGAAAAAGGCACAGCCCAAUACUACAGCUCCGUUUGGCUUCCUGAGCUCUCCCCCUUUCUCCUGAAAGACAAAAAAGUGUUAUAAUAUGCCUAAUACAGUAAUUUACUACCCCAGGGUAGUUGUAUAUACAUCUCCCUCACGUAUCAAUGUAUAAAUGAGAGAGACAAUAAGGGAAAGGAAGAGUAUAUUCUAAUCACCAUCCAUAUUAUCCAGUAAAUGUUAGUUACAUCACAUUAUUAAAUAGUAUGCUAUUAGAAAUAUUGCCAAAAAAAAUAUGAGUCGGGGAGUGGCCUGGACACGGAGCGAGCUGAAUGCGUUUGCUUAGAGCUCCGCUCUGUCCACACUGCAGAUUGCAGACAAAAGUGGAAUUAAAUCCUAAAAAAGCCCGGUAAAAUGGACAAAAGGCAACCUAAGAAACCCCAAAAGAAGGGCCAGAAAAUGGGCAGAGUUUUUCGCAUCGCCGCGUGUUGGACCUGCAGGUCCACAAGAUGGCGACGGAACAGGCCUGGAGGCCGCAGGAUCGCUCAGCUCACCAGCCAAAUCAACCGCAGCGACCAGGGGCGCUCCGGGUACAACAGAGACAGCGAAAAUCUUGGCCACCCUGGCAGAGGUGAAAACAUACCUGGCAGGCGAAAUAGAACACUCCACAUGUCCUGAGGAGUGAAAUCCAGGCCAUAGGUGAGCGCAACACAAGGUUGGAAAACCGCUUGGAGACCACAACAGCUGCACGCAGCAAUCAGCCGAGUGAAUCACCUAACCACCAGAAUGGCGGCAGCAGAGCUGGCCAUUGAAGACAUGGCAAACAGAUCACGCCGCAAUAAUCUUCGCCUCAGAGGUCUCCCAGAGAACUCAGGGGAAGGCCCAGUGAUAGACGUAGUGACUGCAAUUCUCAAACCUCUGCUUCCUGAGUUACCAGACCAUCUCUGGCAUAUAGAACGGGCCCAUAGGGCGCUACGUACCAGAAGAUUGGACGCAAACACCCCAAGGGACAUCAUAAUUAGGUUCCUGCAUUUCCAGACCAAGGAGGCGCUGAUCCGUAGAGGCAGAGAAGGCUCAAUCCGUUACCAAGGCUCGAACCUCACACUAUACCAGGAUGUGGCGCCAGCUGCUCUACAACGAAGGCGGGAAUGGAAACCUAUUACAGAAGCCCUGAGAGCAGCAAAUGUGAGAAACGCAUGGGGAUACUCCUUCAAACUUCUAGCCUUUCAAAAUGGCAAGACCUACAUCCUGCAACCGGGAGAUAAUGCGAUAGCCCUCUCUACUGACCUCGGGCUCUAAGCUCCGACACAGAUCCCAUCCACGCUGACCGGCAUUGGAGAAUUGCUACCUCUCCCUGGUGAAUGGCGGACCGCCGGAGAGUAAGGUACCGGGGGCACCAUAUAAACGCUCCACCUUUUAAGGUUAAUAGGGCCUGCACGUAUUUACAAAGCCCGCGGAAUCACGAUGAGAGAGAGGGCCUCAUGGACCUUGGGGGAGUGUUCGGGGGGGGGACCUUUGCUGAGGUCAGGGGCUGGGGUAAGACACCUCACACAAUGAUCUUGGACAGGAUGAGAACUCACAAAGAUGAUCCAGUGGCUGCCUGAGGGUCGGGGGGUGGGAUUCGGGUCGGGGGGGGGGGCCUUUGAGACAGUGGCCCCACACGGAAAAAUCCACUGCAAGCAAGUGAACUGAGCCUUUAUGGGGCGGCCAGACCCAGGACUAGGCAUGACCAUGUGGAUGGCUAUGGCACUAUGUUAGACACUUCCUUGCUUAAAAAAGGGUAAUAACCUAAACCCAGUUGAAACGUUUGAGCCAACAUCAAGACUCUUUUUUUUCCUUUUUUUUUUUCUGUUACUUACUUGUUAUUCUGUAUACUAAUACCCAGGUUAAUUGUUAAUUGCUAAGAUCUAAGGUACAUAGCUCAACCCCGGCCUAAGUACAGACGCAACGCUUUCAUACGUACACGACAUUACACAUGCCCAAGAUAGCAGUAAAUGCAGAAACUGCAGAUAGCCUGGUUCGACCCAACCACUUUGCUGCUGACCCGCCAGAGCUUUAAAACAGCUCAUUCUUACCCCCGACGACAAUCACAUCUAGAUGACAGACGACUACUCUAAGACCGACACAUCAUCUACUGUGACACCUCGGACCAAGAGUCUCCCACAAACGACCGAGGCAGCAACCACUCACUUAGAUGCUGGAGACUGAGACUAGGGCUACAUGGAUGAAAGCAGCACAUUCUAUAUGACAUAAGUAUCAGAUGGAAGACAUACUUAACAGGCGCACCACUCAUGCACACACUCAGACCUCUUAAUUAGAUUAACAAUAAAAUUAGGGCACAGGCAACCUGAGUAGCGGGUAUAAACAUACUCCUCCGAAUGACGCAACAUUGUUGUCCAGCGGCAUAGGCAGGGACGAGGGGUGGCAAAGGGUGGAGUGGGCCAGACCUUGCAAAUUGCAUUCAUGAUAACCCAUUUGACAUGUUUGUUCUUUAAGGAGUAAUGUCAAGUCAAUAUCAUCCUUUAUACCUGUUGUUGAUUUGUGUUGAAUAUAUUCACCAUGUACACCCGAUACUAUCAACUGUGGUCAAUGUAUUACUUUGCGACAGUGACUAGGGUACAGUGCUCAGUGAGAUGGUUUAGGCCUCUAGGCCCGUGUGCCUAUAGAUUAAAAGGGUCUACUCCCAUUGCAAGUAGGGACCGAGGGGAGGAACAAUGGGAGGACUGGACCCGUAAUACAGUAGCACUGACGGCCCACCAAAGCAGACAGGACCAUCGACAGAUUGACAGAUCAACUUUUACACUGUGCUGCUCCAAUACCGUGAGAGAUACAUGGGCCGAGGGAAUACACCACUCCCCUGCACGUCUUAUCCCUGACAUAAGCGACUCAGGACCAUCGAUAAAGAGCCCCCAAGGGGCAACAUUAAUCGGGGACUGUCCUAACAUCCAUCUACCAAACACUAGACAAAAUAACUAACACAACAUUGUCAUAUAACAUCUAAGUGGUGUGGUAGUCACAUGGUACAGGAACCUCCAUCUCAUCCUCCCCUCAAGAUUAGGGGCAUGGGACAGGGAACUGCACCCCACACCGGUCUGGCAGCAGGUAAGACCAGACCUCAUUCUUCUAUUUCUUUGCUUUCACUUUAUUCCUUCCAUUCUACUUUCCUCUUUACCCCCUCCGUUAUCAACUCCCUUUAUGCGUCAGAGUCGGUGGGCGACUGGAGUGGUGCUCUGGGGACUUACCAUAGGGAUCCCUACACGCACACAAGCAGCACCCCACACGACUAUUGAUAUGGCCCUAAAACUGACAUCUAUUAACGUUAAAGGGCUGAACGCCCCCAAAAAGAGACGAAUGAUGUUUAGGGAAAUUAAAUGGCUGGGAACAUUCCAACUACGGGAUCGCACAUACUCCACCACAUACGAAGCUAGAUCGCAUUGAAAAGGCAAUGGAGUAGCUAUACUCAUACACAGUAAAUGCCCAAUUCACAUAACAACCAUCGAUCCAGACCCAGAAGGGAGAUACAUAAGGCUCAUUGGUACCCUACAUUCUCACCCAAUACAACUGGUUAACAUUUACGCCCCCAACACACCUGAUACAGCUUUCUGGGACACCCUGUCCACUAAGAUUAAGGCACUCCCACACGGCAUGCUUAUUGUAGGAGGGGACCUAAACGCCGUACCAUGUCCAGCCGCGGACAGGAGCUCUAGAGCAGGCCAAUUGAGGUUGCAGGGCAGGGGAAGACAAGAUAAAUUGCUACACAGAUUCAUACAAGACAGUGGACUGAUAGACGCAUGGCGAGCACAAGAUCCCAGCGCGCGAGAUUACACAUUUCAUUCAGCUCCGCACGGGACCUAUUCCAGGAUCGACCACUUUCUAGUAAACAACGUAUGCAUGGUCAGAGUAGUGGACACGGCGAUAGGUUCCAUAACGUGGUCAGACCACGUGGAUAUAUCCCUCACCAUGGGAAACUUGUGUACAGUCUCAUCGUGGAACUGGAGACUCAGCCCUCACCUACUGAGAGACCAAGACACACAGGAGGCAAUACGUAAAGACAUACAAGAAUAUUUCACUACAAAUGAUACAUGUCCCCAAGCAUUAUUUGGGCGGCACAUAAGGCAGUGAUCAGAGGCACAUGUAUAAAACUGGCCACACAAAAGAAGACACUAAAGGCGCAGAGACUGGCUCAACUGUUAGUUUUGCUGAGAAAACAAGAACAACAACACAAGACGGCGACAACCAUGCAAAUUCUGGAACAACUGGGAGGAACCAGACGAUCCAUCACAGAACUUUUCCUAGAUAACACCGCUAAAGCCAUCACAUGGUCCAGAAGGAUGUUUUAUGAGAAAUCGAACAAGAUGGAUACGCUGCUAGCUAGGACUCUACGCCCACGACAAGCUAGGACAGACAUCACCGCAAUCAAACACAGAGAUGGAACCAUCAAAAAGACCCCGACAGAUGUUGCACAAGUAUUCACCGACUACUACAAGAUGCUCUACAACCAUACACCAAGAGAUCCUACCGCAGAGGCUGUGGCAGGAAAAUACACGCACACAUUUUUAAGUAAUCUAGACCUUCCCAAACUUACGACAGCAGCGGCAACACUCAUGAAUGACGCCAUCACCGGAGACGAAAUAGACAGGGCAUACUACAAAACAUAUAGAGAAGAACUCUCACCCCGCCUUUUCAACGAUUUCAUGGAAGGCGGGAACCCGGAGAGCGGUAUGUCCCUGGCCAACAUCAUCCUUCUCCAGAAAUCGGGUAGAGACCCAUCUCGUUAAUUAAUCAUGACAUAAAGAUUUUAGCAAAGGUACUGGCAGAUCGCCUUAAUCCUCAUUUGAAAACAUUGAUACAUCCGGAACAGGUGGGCUUUAUACCAGAUCGACAGCUUUUCGAAAACACCAGAAGGAAUAUAGACCUCAUUUGGCGUCAGAAGACCACAGACACACCUACCGUAAUAGUCGCAAUCGACGCAGAAAAGCCUUCAAUAGGGUCGAAUGGCCCUAUCUCUUUCAACUCCUAGAAUUUCUGGGAUUCCCAGAAAAAUACGUGGCCACGAUUAAGGCUACGUACAACCAAGUAUAUGCACAAGUAAAAAUCACCGGAGCUGGGACCAAACCCUUUAAAUUGGGUAAUGGAACACGACAGGGAUGCUCCCUCGCCCCGCUUUUGUUUGUGAUGACCUUGGAGCCGCUCCUACAAGCUUUACGCAAACACCCACAUAUACAUGGAAUAACAGUGGUAGGACAAGAGUUUCUCGUCUACGCCUAUGCAGAUGACGUCCUGCUGAUGAUUACAGAACCAAAAGAUUCCAUGGAUGCUCUGCAAGAAGUCCUGGCACAAUUUGGAGUAUUCUCAGGCUAUAGUGCUAACCUAGAAAAAUCAAGUGCCCUCCUCUUAGGCCUGUCUGCGGAGGACAUGGCGGCAUUGCGGGCAAACUAUAAUAUUCCCAUAGCUAAAGACCACAAAAAGUAUUUAGGGAUACAACUUCCGAACGACCCGGCCAAACUUUAUCACCUAAACUAUGCCCCACUUAUGUGAACCCUAAUACAAGACAUGGAUAAGUGGCUAGAUAAACCUAUCUCUUGGAUCGGGCGUAUUCAUACAGUCAAGAUGAAUGUGCUACCUCGCAUCCUGUUUCUCUUUAAGGCACUACUCAUUAAACUUCUAAAAUCUGAUCUAGCCCCACUGCAAAAGGCUGUCGGGGACUUCAUAUGGCAAAAUCGACGCCACAGAAUAUCCCGAAACAUUUUAUAUAGACAAACAACAAGACAAGACAACAGAGGGGAGGUCUGGGGCUCCCACACCUAUAUUUUUAUUAUCUAGCUGCGCAAUUAUUUCAGGUGGCUAUGUGGCACGCACCAUUGGAGGUAAGGAGAUGGGUGGACUUGGAGUCCCUCCUAACUGGCCCAGAUUUACUGCAAUACCAUAUGUGGGUGCCCAAGGAAGACAGACCAAUAUUGAGAACCACCUGUCCAGCUGUUUUAAACUCCCUGAGAUUAUGUGACGUGUCAGCAUCCAAAUACAAAUUAGUAUCUUCCCCAUCCCCACUUACCCCACUAUUAAGAAACAGGGCCUUCCCCCCGGGAAUGGCGACUAGAGAAUUCACAAACCUGGAAAAAGCAGGUUUACAGAGAGUUUGCCACAUGUUUAGGAGCGACGGCAUAGUCACAUUCGAACAAUUGAAACAGACGACUUUUUUAGGUACCUACAACUUAAGGACUGUGUACAACACCCACACAUACAAAGGGCAGGGAAAUCCCCAUUGACGUUUUAUGAGAAAAUGUGUUUAAACAAAACCACACAAUCAGGGCUCAUCACUACAAUGUACGCACACAUUUGCUCAGAAACAGAGGAAUGGGGUACACUAACAUAUACGGACACCUGGGAGAGGGAGUUAGGAGAGGGAGUCCUGCAGGGAGUUGAGUGGAGAGAAAUAUGGGAGGCGAAUAACGCAUUGUCCAUAUGUGUAUCUCUCCAGGAGCAAUCCUAUAAAAGUAUGUUUAGAUAGUACACCACCCCGGUCAAACUCUUCCACAUGCAACAAACACCAUCAGACGAUUGCUGGAGGUGAUGUGGUCACAGAGGCACAUAGCUCCACAUGUGGUGGGACUGCCCACGGGUACAAAUCUACUGGUAGCAAGUUUCUGAUUUACUUAAAAAGAUCUUCCACAGGGCACCCGAGCUAAAUCCUUGGACAUAUCUGUUAAAUAGAUCUCUAGACGACUGGACAAACAGGGAACAAAAAUUGGUACACAAAGUAACAUUAGCAGCACGAAGAACCCUUGCGCAGUCGUGGCUAAAGAUGGACAUGCCUCCCAUACAGAAGGUAAUCUCCAGUUUGAAAGAAGUAUAUCUAGUGGAUAACUUGACAGCCAGGGUGAGAGAUUCCAUGUCUAGAUUUGAAAAAAUUUCCAUAACACAACUUAACCUCUCCCUCCCUCCCCCUUAGGACAGAGACUUAAGUAGAAAGUGGACUCCUCAACAGCCAGGCACAGAAGGUGGGACAUCGGACGCCCCAGCGCAACAUGGAACUGACGCAUCCCCCCCCUCCUUCUACCCUUCUACUCUUCUAUUCCCCUUCUCCCCCCCCUUCAUCUUCUUAAUUUGCUUUGUCUUUUCUUCUUCUUCUUAUAACAUUGGAAAGGGAGUUGGGUCCCAAAUUCCUACACAAUGACAAUAUAGUGACUCCUGGCUGGACCAGGACCGCAUCACAACCCCCAACCGAAAAUGUUACGUUAAUUACAUAACUGAAACCUCAUUAGCUUAGGUGGUUUGUUGUUUGAUGCAUACUCAAGUUUUAUACUCAAGUUACAUGAAAAAAUAAAAAAAGUGAAAUGUCCUUGUUAUACAUAGUACAUUGCAAUGUCAGCUGACAAUGGAGAAACAGAGAUAAGCUAUGAAUAAUGUCAAUACCCAUCUCACAUAUUCAAAGUGCAACAAAUAUUGUAGGCUGUUGAUGUGACAAGACUUUCACACAAAAAUAAAGUAUUAACAUUUUUUUUUUUUAAAUUCUUUAUUUUUCCUUGUGCACAAUAUUACAGACAAGCUUGUAGCGCCACGAAAGCGAGUACGAGCUAUUCAGUGGCAUACAAUAUCAUGGCAGAGUUAUCAGCACAUUUAAUUUUUGUGAAAGGUAACAGGCUUGUGAUAAUAGAGUGGAACUUUUGUAGUAGCUAGUCGAUGCAUUCAUGGUUAUAUGGUCGUUAUGUGAGUGGUGGGUAUUCAGGCUAUGUAAGCUCAGGUAUAGAUUGCUAAUCAUGAGUGCGCCUACAGUGAGCAAGGUGAUUGUGUAGUGAUAGUGGAGAAAGGUCUCUGAGUGGUGGAGUCGCGGGCAGAGUGUUUUAGGCAGAGUGUUUUAGGCAGAGUGAAAGAUUGCAUGUUAAGUUGCCUAGUGUGCUAGCAAGACAGGCAGAGUACAUUUCAGUGUAGUGUUCUUCUGCUAUGUCGCCUGGUCAGGUGUCGUCUGCAAUGCCACAUGGCAAGUGAGUCCUGUAUAGGGAAAGCGGUCCUGGCUUGUCGGGACUCAAGCUAGCCCCUCCAGACCACCCUUUGGUGGCCCUGCGAAGGUCGCUGUUUGCGCUGUCACCAGCCAACUGCUGUGAUCCUGCAGGCGUCUGUGUGGGGCCAGGCGGGCUCUGUAGCGACAUAUUGUGCCAUAAAGUAGUCUCUGGAGACGUAAAAUCCACCAUCUCAAGGUGCUAUCGCAGGUCUGAGGUGGCUGUUUAGUCAUGGCUGCAGCAGAGUUUCCCUUGUCUCGGUUGGGAGGCAUGCUGUUUCUUUGGGCGGGUUUGGUGCCUGUGUAAGCCGGGGGCUUGCUGUGUUCACCCGGCGAAGACUAGUAGAGGACUCACCGCUGGGCUGAUCUUGCAGUUGCAUGUUUGGGUGAGUGGUGCGGUUUCUCUCGCCUGGGGCUUCAUAGGGCGGGAGCUGCUGGUGUUGUGCCCCGCGCCGUUACCAUCUUAGCAGGUUGGCCCCCGGGAGCAUCCUGCCUCGCAGUCUCCACACUUCCCAAGCCCUCCGAUAUGGGGACCGCGAUAUCCCCCCCGAUCCCAAGAGGGGGGGGGGGAACGAGAACGGCAGGCAUUACAUGAGGUCGGCUUGUGGUGUCCGGGUAGGGAGACAGGGCAGCGGCCAUCCACCCCACUCCCUCCCGAGUAGGCCGCAGUCCCCGAAGUUUCGUACCUCCCUCUGGGGAUCCAAAACUCCCGAUCUCGGGUUCUGCUGCUUUGUCCGCAGCCGCGGGUUCUUGCUUUGGGUUUCAUGCGGGUGUCAGAGUUGCAGUAUUUGCCUAAGAGGCCCGAUUUCUCCAGAGCCUCUCCUGCAUGCGACCGGUCAGCAUGGCGGUCCGGCCCCGUCCCCCUAAAAAAAAAUUUUUUUUAAAUGAGUCACCGGGAAUAAAUCCCAUCAUGUUCAGGCAGAUCAGUAUAAUAUCAAUUAGAGCCUGUCAGCUCAACAUAGAUUUGUGUGUCAGUUAUUUUUCAUAAUGAAGAUUAUAACCUAAAAUGAUUUAUAUUUAGAGGUAAUUCCAGUGGGGUACAGAUUCCUCCUGUUUUUAGGGAGAUCUCUGACCUCAAUAGUUCUCUUUUUUUUGCCUAAAAGCUAGUUUUAUUUAAGACAAAAUGGAUGCUUGAUUUCUUUUAAAUUAUGUCUGUAGUGAGAGAAAAAAAUUGACAAAUUAUCAAUAAUAACAUGUUUUAUUACAAAAUAUUGUUCCUAAUGAACUAUCAAGAAUAUAAAUCUUCUGUAAGAGUAACAUACUAUAUUUAAAUUUCCCCAUUAGAUAUUGCAAUGAAGUGGAUUCUAGAUAUGGAUGUGCUCCUGGUGUUUCUGCUUGGCUGUGUAUUAGGAACAGCAUCACAAGGUUCUGAUAUUAUUACCAACAACUACCUCCUUUCAGAUGGGGACAUCAGCAAAAUUAUUAACAGAGGGGACACAGGUCAGCUCCAUUGUAUUGGUUUCUCAGGGUCUCCUGAGCCUCUCAUAUUAUUGUUUACUAUACCCGGACAAGGUUGUCCAUUUGAAACCUUCUAGAAAUGCUAAAACUUCUGUUCUGUUAAAAACUAGUGCAAAUUUUUGGUUUUGACAUCUAACCCAUUCUCUUAGAACUAAAAAAGGAAAAGGACAGCCCCAUCCUAGAAUGAAAGGAGAUAAGGAGGACAGAGCUGAUCUAAAAGAGACAACCCCAUUCUGAAAGAGGAAUGAGAAUCACAAGUUUGUGGAGGAGACGAGCAUAUAAUGAUCAAAGCUAAAUGGCUCUCUCCCUCCUUAUGGAAACUGUGGAAGCAGAUAGUUGCCUUAAGAGGAAACCAGGCAAAUUUCCAUGAAUCAUUAUAAUUCAGCAGGAGUUGGAGAACCACAGCUGGACAGCCCUGCUAAUUUUAGGGAGUUUGUGUGGACUUUGAGAGUGUUUAUAGAUAGAUUUAAGAAGCCAACAGCUACAGUGAGAAAGUAACAGAAACAAAGAAUGAAUACUCUUAGAAAAAAAGAGAGCUUAUAAAAUCAGUAUCUUUCCCUUCAGUAAAUCCCCGCUCAGGUCUCAAUAUAGUAUUUGCUCACUUGCACUACUACAGAGAGAACAUAUUCUGAAGCAUAUCAGACUGAUCCCACCAGUAAGGGGGCAGUCCAGAACCAAAAUAUCACAAGUACUCUCUGUGUGAGAGAUACAGCAACCCCAGGCGAUCGUUUCGGUCUUCUUUGGGCCUCGACCGUGAGGUGUAGCUGAUACCCCUCUAGACACAGUGAGCACGGGGUCCACGUCUAGAUUACCCAUUUAACUUGGGGACAGCUAAGUUUAUGCAUCGCAACAAAAACAAAGAAGUGAGAGAGUAGAUUGUGCUUUGCACAAAAAUUAUGCUAUGUAUUAUAGCAAUCUUAAAAUAAAAUAAAAAAAAGGUUUUAAAAAGUGUGAAAAUUAUACCUGUUGUUAAUGUAAAGAAGAACCAUAUAUUCAUGUUAUUGCCAUAUCAAGGUGAAUGAUGUCAAGUUAGCACAUUUCAGGAAACCAAAUGAUUCUGAAUUAGUGCAAGAACACAAUUAACAUAUACAGCCCUUGACAUAAAUAUACAACCCUCUUUAAUGUUUCCAAUAUGUUUGUUGCAUUCUAGAAUUAGGUACAAAAUAUGUUUAUUGUGAUACCAAAGCAUGUUGAAAACAGACCAUUUACACUCCAUCAGGUUGAAUAGGUUAGUGUAUGAACAGGAAAUAAGUAUUUUUGCAAAUUCUUAAAGACGACACUAUAGUCACCCAGACCACUUCAGCUCAAUGAAGUGGUCUGGGUGCCAGGUCCCUCAGGUUUUAACCCUUCAGAUGUAAACAUAGCAGUUUCAGAGAAACUGCUAUGUUUACAUAGCAGGGUUAUUCCAACCUCUAGUGGCUGUCUUCCUGACAGCUGCUAGAGGCGCAUCUGCGACGCUGUAUGCAAAAUUUUCAUCCAGAGUGCAGAACGUCCAUAGGAAACUGUUUGAAUGCGCGUGCAGCACUUGCCGUGCAUGCGCCUUCCGCUCCACUCGGGAGCUGACGUUGGCGAGGAGAGGUCACCAGCACAGAGGGAGCCUGGCGCUGGAUUAAGCUAAGAUGCUAAAGGGGUUUUAUCCCCUUCAGCCCAGCGGGAGGGGGGGCCCUCCAGGUGGGGGCACCCUUAGGGCACUAUAGUGUCAGGAAAACGGGUUUGUUUUCCUGACACUAUAGUGAUCCUUUAACUAGGAUGCAGGUCUGGGCUUUGACUGGGCCAUUCUAAGACAUCUAGUUUCUUAGUUUUAAAAGGUUCACUGAUUUGAAGUGGUCAUGUUGUUUGGUACCUGCAUGUGCAGCUUUUCAGUUUGAAACAUUGAACAUAAAGAGAAAAUGCAGAUUGCUCUUGUUUUAGGCUGACUAAUGAUUCUGUUGGAGGUGCUGGAGUUAUACCGCUGGCAGUUAUCAGCCAGCCUGGAACAAAAGUUAAAAUGUUAAAGGGACACUAAGUCAUCCAAGCUACUUCAUCUUAAUGAACUGGGCUGGGUGCAGUGGCCCUGUCCUGUUCACAUUGCAGGGUUAAAUACACCUGUAGUGGCUGUCAUACUGACAGCCAAUAGAGGAUCUUCUACGAUAUUGCACAUGACAUGAAAGUCCAUAAGAAAGCACUGAAUACAAUGCUUUCCUAUAGGAAAGCAUGAAAGAAGAUGCAGCACUUGACGUUCAUGCACAUCAGGUCCCCAGUGCUUCUCUAUGACCAUUGGAUUGGACCAUCACAGAAAAGACCUUGUCUCCUCGAUGACGUGACGGAAGGUGAAGAGGUGAGCAGUGCUAAAUAAGCCUCAGUGAUGGAAAAUGGUAAAUAAAACCCUCAUUUUAUGAAUUAUUAUUCCACAUGGGACACACACACCAGUUUAUACCUGAGACAAUGUCACUGUAUACUGAUUUCCCAACAACUCUUAUUUUGGCAAAUUACCCUGUCUAAUGCUGAUGAUAUACCCUGCGCUAACCUUCUCAAUUGAACAAUGCAGUCAACGCAAGAAGCUAUGGUUGCAUAUCAUUAUUGUAAAAUUGUUUUCAAACAAUUUAAGAAAAACACAGAAGGAUACAUGGCACCAAGAUAAUUCCCUGUGUAUUUAUAUAUUUGAUAUUUGACAUUGUGCAAACUGUACGUCAGGAAUCACUGUAAAUGCUUACUGCAGAACAGCACAACACCCCAGGCUAGCUUGCUCUGCAUGAGUUAACACUAAUCUGUGUAGCCACAUAAGGCUUAUCUGUACAAAUCUAUUGGGCAAAUACUGAAGAAAGGAAUGUUCCUCAUUAUCCCAUCCCAAGCAUAUUGGGCAGACCUUGACUGCCUCAAAUCUAACAACUUUAAAACAGUUACCAUAACCUCAUAACACCAUAACCACUACAAUAGGAUGGAUAAUAACCCUUUGAUAUUUAAGUUGAUUUCAUCCCCAAAAAACUAAAGAAAAGACUAACAUUUUAAUUUCAAUAAAUAUAUAAAAGCUGGUCAGACUUCAUAUGAUCUUUUACAUUUUAGACAUCUCAGGCUUAAAAAGGAUUUUUUUUCUGCUGGUAAAGUCAUUGAUUUGACAUAUUGUAAAAUGAAAAUGUUACACUACUGCUAUAUCUGAGAUAAUAUAGAUAAUAUUCUUCCAUUAGUCUUUUCCAGAAACUGCGCUGAAAUUUUGGAUAAGUCGAAAGGUAGUGCAACGGAUGGCUUAUAUAUUAUACAGCCUGCGAAUGAUCCCAUUGCUGUUUUUUGCAUUAUGCAAGACGGAGGAUGGACAGUUAUCCAGCACAUUACAGCUAACAGCAGCUUGGACUUUGACCGUACAUGGAAGCAUUACAAAUUAGGCUUUGGCCAUAUUCUUGAUGACCACUGGCUAGGCAAUGAAUACAUGCAUCAGCUAACUCAGCCUCCUGGUCAUCACAAACUUGGAAUUAAACUGGUGACAAUGGAGGGAGAGAUAAAGUGGGGCAUGUAUGAUCCAGCUUUGAUCGAGCCUGAGGAGUCACAUUAUAGACUUCGUCUUGGCUUGUAUUAUGGCUCUGCCUGCGAUGCUUUGACCCAUGACACAGAUGCAUAUCUACAUGAUAACCAGAGAUUCACCACUCGAGACCGUGAUAAUGAUAACUAUUUCCUGAACUGUGCUUUGCUAGAGAGCCAGGGCAUUGCAGGUGGAGGAUGGUGGUAUGAUGCCUGUGCCAGUGCAAAUCUAAAUCGGAGGAAUGUUAUUUACUGGCAAAAAGAUUGUAACAAAGACAAUCCUUGCAAGUAUGCAAGCAUGAUGUUGCAACCUACCGCAGUAAAGGGAUGUAGACAAUCGAUGCACUGCAGUAGGGAUGAAUUAUAAGGAGGCAGAUGACUGUUCUUCAAUAACUUUCAUUAAUAAACCUUCUAAAUCAUGCCAGUGUUUUUACUCUCAAAAAUAACAGUGGAAACUUUAAACCGGUUUUGUAGCAAUUGCUGUUUUCAUUAAAUACAGGGUUUUGUGUGGGCCACAGCUAAUUUGGUUCAACUCUAUAACAAAUUAUGACAGUCAACUCCUAGAUAAAUUUUAAUUGGUAAAUUCGCCAUUCAUGUAGUAGCUUCAAUGGUUCAUUAAGUUGGUUCCCAUACAUUUCAAUGAAGGCACAAGUAAAACUUUGGUAAAUUUGUUAGAAAACAAUGCUGUACUAAAGUCAUCCCUGAUCUCUCACGUAGGGUCAAGUUAUCAUAUCCUGGUUCCCAAGAACUGAAAGGCCUGUGCUGUUGAAAGCAACGGUCUCUUGCUUCAUUAUAGUAGUAUAUGUAACAAGUGUCAGUUAGGUGGAAGAGGGGUGCAUAAUUCUUACAAUUUUGACCUAGUCCUCCACUAUGGACCAUGGCCAAGUGUAUGGAGG